AUGCGGCGCGGUCUCCUGAUCUUCAUUCUGGUCAACCUCCUAAUUCUCACCCUUCUCGUCCGGAGCGUCUCAACCCUCCUGUCUCUGCUAGUCGAGGAUGCGGCCGCCGACGCGAUCCAUCGGGCGGAGUUGCCGUCCCCUAACUCCAGUCUGAUCGAAACCCGACCCCAGAUCAUCCCCAAGAUCAUUCACCAGACUUAUAAGAACGAGACGAUCCCAGAAGUAUGGCAAGAGGCUCAGCAGAGCUGUAUUGACCUGCACCCAGACUAUGAGUACAUUUUGUGGACCAAUGAGAAAUCACGCGAAUUCAUUGCCGCAGAAUACCCCUGGUUCCUGGAUACCUUUGACGGCUACAAGUAUCCCAUUCAACGCGCGGACUCCAUCCGAUACUUCGUUCUCGCGCACUAUGGCGGCACAUAUAUUGAUUUGGACGACGGCUGCAACCGUCGCCUGGACCCCCUUCUCGCCUAUCCUGCUUGGGUGCGGCGCACGGUGCCCACGGGUAUCUCUAACGACGCCAUGGGCUCUGUGCCUCAGCAUCCCUUCUUCCUUCGUGUCAUCGAAGUGCUCCAACAGUACGACCGCAGCUGGCUGCUUCCAUACAUUACUGUCAUGUACUCCACUGGCCCGCUCUUCCUCUCUGUGAUCUGGAAGGAGUACAUGCAGGACAAGCCGGUGGAGUCGGCUCGUGUGCGAAUCCUCAUGCUGGAUGAGUACAACAAGUUCUCGUGGAGCUUCUUCACCCACCACGUGGGCAACAGCUGGCACGGCAAGGAUGCUCACUUGAUCUUCUGGAUGGGUCAGCACUGGAUGUUGCUCACUUUCCUCGGCUUUGUCCUCGCCGGUGUGGUCGGCUUCUGUCUGUUCUGGACUUACGGCCGCAUUAUGCUUCUGGGUGCCAAGUACCGCUAUCGCUACACCAAGGUGCCCUCAAUUAUCAGCCCCCGUCUCUCCUCCCCGAACCGGCGCACGCGCAGCUUGAUGCCUACUCUGCUUCGGCGGGUGAGCUUCAAGGAGGACGAGGAGGCUGGCGGACCCACCGAGACCUCCUACGAACUCGGUCGCCGUGACGACUAG